AUGAAUCUGGGGAUAGAAAUCAGCUUGGCGCCUAUGAUGGAUGUAACAACAGCCCACUUCAGAAGACUCAUUAGAUUAACGUCCUCGUCGACUAUUCUAUUUACAGAAAUGAUUGUGUCUAACACAGUGAUCCAUAUUUCCCGAGAUCGUCUAAGAGAGAAGCUUGGAGAGUAUGACGACAAGACAGUUGUACAAAUAGGGGGGAGUGAUGCGGGGCAGAUAGUAGAAGCCGUAAAGAUCUUGCAGGAUCUUGGAUACAGGAUGUUUAAUCUUAAUUGUGGCUGUCCUAGCUCGCGAGUGAAGAAGGGAAGCUUCGGGGCCGUCCUCAUGCUUAACAAGGAGUUAGUUGCAGAGAUAAUCAACAAAGUUUAUAAGGAGACAGGGGAAAUUUUGAGUCUCAAAAUUCGAGUGGGAGUGGAUAACCAUGAAGGUAUAGAUUUCCUGAAGGAAUUUGUUGGAUACAUAAAGGAAAAUACCCCAAAUAGGACGUUCUAUGUCCAUGCACGGAAGUGCUGGCUGGAAGGGCUUUCUCCGGAGCAGAACAGAAAGCUACCCCCUCUUGAUUAUGACAGUGUGUAUAUGAUCAAGAGACUUUAUCCAGAACUCAAGAUUGUUCUUAACGGAUGCAUUGGAAUCAACAACCUGGAUAGAAUAAAAGACUUGGAUGGAGUGAUGGUAGGGAGAGAAGCUAUCCGGGAUAUACUUGUCUUCUGGGACAUUGACCGUAAGUUGUCUAUGAAGUGCGAUAAAGGAGAGAGAAGGGAUUGCGAGGAACUAUUCCCAUUUGAUAUGGACAUGAAGAAGAUCGAAUGCAGAUCAGACUCGGAAGCCAAGGAAUGGAGAGCCCAGAAGAUUCGGUCUGUUGUCAGGGAAUACUUUGAAGGGUUUCCGCCCUCUGAUCAACUGAAGUCUAUUCAUAUCCAGCCAAUAAUCAAUCUUAUGAGGGGGAAGAAAGGCUGUAAGGAAUAUAGAAGGAAGCUUAACUCUCUUUUGAUGGAAAGAGUAAAGGCCGGUGAGGCAUAUGGCCUGAUAGUAGAACAUCUCAAGUAA